UGUGCUCUUCUGAUCAGUCGACAAACUGUGGCCGUCAGAGGAAAGCAGCUCCGGCUCUGAUCCGCGGGACUUUCUCAACAGUUUACCGCCGCUUUGUGACCGCACCACGGGAAAAAUCUCAACAUGGACAUGAAGAAGAGGAUCACUUUGGAGCUGCGGAACAGGAACCCGGCGGAGAUUGCAGAGUUGGUGGUGGAUAACUCUCGCUCUGCUGACGGGGAGGUCGAAGGUCUGACGGAUGAGUUCACCGGUCUGGAGGUUCUCAGUAUGGUCAAUGUGGGCCUCAGCUCUUUGGCCAAGUUGCCCUCGCUGCCCAAACUACGCAAGCUGGAGCUGAGUGAUAAUAACCUGUCUGGUUCUCUGGAGACUCUGUCUGAGAAGUGUCCAAAUCUGACCUACUUGAACCUGAGUGGGAACAAGAUCAAAGAGCUGAGCAAUGUGGAGGCUCUGGUGAACCUGAAGAGUCUGCAGAGUCUGGACCUGUUCAAUUGUGAGAUCACAUCUCUGGAGGACUACAGGGAGAGCGUGUUCGAGCUGCUCCCUCAGGUCACUUAUCUGGACGGCUUCGACCAAGAGGACAACGAGGCGCCGGACUCGGAGGCCGACGACGAAGAUGAGGAUGGUGAAGAGGGGGCGGGGCCAACCGGUGACUAUGACGAUGAGGAUGAUGAAGAGGACGAGGACGACGGCUCAGAGGGAGGAGAGGUGGGGCUCGGCUUCCAGGAGGAGGAGGAUGAGGAGGACUAUGGCGAGGAGGAAGAGGAAGAUGAGCAGGCGGGCGUUCAGGGACAGAAGAGGAAGAGAGACGUGGAUGACGAGGGCGAGGAAGAUGAGGACGACGAAGACGACUAGUCCAGCAGCCGACUGCCUGCGUGUCGUCCUGUCCUGUUUCCUGUCUGUCCAACCUCAGCCAGACAACAACAAACAAACAAACAAACAAACAAACAAACAGGGACAAACAAUCCAACACCAACAGGAACAGUGUGAUGUGUUUUUAAUAGAAUAUCACGUCUGUAUUUUAGAGAAUAUUUAAGAAGAUUUUAUCAGAAGCUGAUCCAGGAUCAGGUCUUUGUCUCCUCCUGAAACCCAACUUCCUGCCAGCAGUGAUGUCACUUCCUUCCGGACACAGUCAGCUGUUUGGACUCAUCCUCCUGUGAUGAUGAAGAUGAUGCUUUAAUAACAUCUAGGCCUAAGGCUUUGUUGCACGACACCAGGUUGAGCAUUUCUGCAGUUUCGAGGUUUUAAUCACCGUUCAGAUUUUCAUUAAUCUCAACCAUAUUUAGUGAUCUCGUAAAUGUCGGAAUAGAACGAUAAAAUGUGUCAUAGCCUGAUGCAGUGAAAGUAAAAGGCAAAUUUUUAGGUCUGAGUUGCUGAUGCAUUCCUGUAAAUGUAGUUGGAGGUUUUAGUUCCCGUUUAGUUUUACACGUUUGGAUCAUCACUGUAAUGUUCGUUAAUGUCAGCAGUGAUAUUUAAUGUCAGUAAAGAGCAAUAAAAUGUGUCUCACCUUGAUGUGAUGAACAAAGCAAUGAAUUCUAACAUCUAAUCAGCUGAGGUCUUAGACACCCUUCAGACACCAUUUAUAUGUGUCGUCGCUCAGGCGUUCAUUAACCUCAAAUAAUCACGGUUUUCUAAAACUCUGAGCUUCAGAGCAUCAAAACUGAAAAGCUACAUGAAUAUAAAUAUAAUCGUCUUUGUUAAACUACUUGCCACUAUAACUGGAAUGUCAUGUAACAUUAACAUUAGUUUGCGGUAGAUAUUGACGCCAUUUGUGCUGUCGCUCAGAUAUUCAUGACCCAUCACCAUCAUUUAAUGUUCUCUUAAAUGUCACAAAGUGUCAGUCAAAUGCUUCACAGCAUGAUGCAAUGAACUAAUGGAGAUGAGUUUUAUCAGGCAUAGAAAAGAUGCUGCAACAAAUCCAUCAAAUCAAUCAUGUCUGGAACGUCAACAGCGUCGUCCUACAAUGUUUUUCCAGUUUUGUAAAACACCUGAAAGUCAACAGAGCUUCAGAACAUCUUUGCAUCUAAAGUGGAAAUUUUAAAGUUCACUAAAAUGCACUGGACAAUGAUGUAACAACGAAAACCUAAUAUUUGUAUCAGGGAUGAUGAA